AUGGAUGGAUAUCUGAACUCUUCGCUGGAGGAGAAGACAAUAUACGACAUAUACCGGGCAUGUCGGCUGUGCGGUGCUGGCGCUGGCUAUAAGAUGCCCAUCAUGCAGAACGUUGUACACCUAGACAGUUCUGAGAAACAACUGCAAUCAAUUCAGGACAGACUGAAUCAACCGCACCUGAAAGUGUUUCAAGAUUGUGUAACACGAUGGAACAGUACAUUCUACAUGUUCGAGCGUUUUUCAAAGAUAAAGGAUGCUCUGAGCCUUUACAUGAAUGAUAAUGAAAUUGACUCUGUUCUACCAGAAGAAUGGAAAAUGAUUGAAAGUUUCAUUCAAUUACUGGGACCUUUUGAGGAAGCAACCCGGGAACUGAGCAGCUCUUCUGCUCUUAUUUCAUCUGUGAUACCGAUAAUACAAAUGCUUGAAAAAAAAGUUGAUGACUAUUUAACAAGAUCGCAAGAGUUUGAUCCGAUUCGUCAGGCUGUAAUGACUUUGAAAAACGAACUUUCUACAAAGUUUUCUAGCUUGGGAGAAAACAAUUUAUUUACCAUCGCUACCUACUUAGAUCCUCGCUAUAAGCACAAAUUUUUCACACCGGUGACUGAAGAAAAGAUUAAAGAUGACAUUUUAAAAAUGAUAAUUUGA